GCAGAUCAUGACCAGUACUAUGUGAUGAAUAAGCCAAGUCGUUGUCCAAAUCCUGAAGAAUGUUAUUGCAACAACUUCACCCCUCUUGGAGCUUCCUCACAUCCUCUGCAUACUAAAGACUAUCAAGAAAUCAAAAUUCAGGAACAAGUGAGAAAGCUGGUGAUAGGAACUAUCCCCCGCUCACUUUGGGUGACUCUGGAAGAUGAUCUCGUUGAUUCCUGUAAGCCUGGGGAUGAUGUCCUGAUCUGUGGAACUGUACACAGGCGCUGGCUUCCAGUAGUGAGAGACUCCAGGCCUAAUAUUGACCUUGUAUUAAAGGCUAACAACAUAGCUAUUCACAACAAGCAGCGUUCAGGGAACAUAGUUACAGAUGAGAUGCGAGAAGAAUUUGCAGAAUUUUGGGAACAUCACAAAUAUGACCCAUUAAGAGGAAGGGAUAUUAUAUUAUCUUCAUUCUGUCCACAG